UCUCAGCCACUCCAGGAUGGACCGAACGGGCAUGCCACUCCAUUGACACAGCAGGCACAAGAGCUGUACGGAGACGCGCUGGCCGGGGGGCAGAGCUUGUUCUUGCUGCAGCAGGAGGGGACCGGGGGCGACGUUUUCAGCUGCUCCCUGGGUAACCUGCCCCCUGGGGAGGAGGCGGCGCUGACCCUGCGCUACGUCUGCGAGCUGCCGCUGGAGCCCGAUGGAGCCACCCACUACGUGUUGCCAGCUGUGCUGUGCCCCCGCUACACGCCCCAUGGGUGGGAUGGGGAGGACGUCACCCAGGGGGUCCCGCGAGUCCCCCAGGGGGAGCUGCCCUAUACCCUGAGCCUGAGCGCCACGCUGCAGUCGCCCCACAGCAUCGACCGCGUGCUCUCCAACUGCUCUCUCACCCCCCUGAGCUACACGGCUGGGAACCGGACCACCGCCCAGGUAAGGGCUCACCCGGACACCUGGGUCCCAGCUAUCCCCACUGGCAGGGCCACUGGGCGCGAGAGCCAGCGGGACCCUGCCCCCCAGGAGCCAUGGGGAAGUGAUGGAGUCUGUCGCCCCACCAAGUGUCUCUGGCUGAGGCCCCCCCAUGGGACCGAGACGUGGAGCUGCUGGUGUAUUACGCGGAGUCGCACAAACCCAGCACGGUGCUGGAGGUCGGGUUGCCCGGAGCAGAGCCAGGGCUGGCCACAUCUCCCCACAGGCUCCCUGAUGGGCGACCCGGCCGUAAUGGUGACCCUGCUGCCCAGCCUGCCCGAGGCAGUGCCAGGCCAGAGCUCGGCCGGGGAGUUCAUCUUCCUGCUGGACCUCUCCGGCAGCAUGGAGUGCUCCAUGGAUGGCUGAGACCGCUCCCCCCAGCGCAUCAACAGUGCCAAGGAGACCCUGGUCCUGCUGUUGAAGAGUUUGCCCCUGGGCUGUUAUUUCAACAUCUACGGCUUUGGGUCUCGGUUCGAGUCCUUCUGCCCGCAGAGCGUGGGAUACACCCAACAGACCAUGGCCGAGUCCCUGCAGCGCGUUCAGCAGCUCCAGGCUGACCUGGGGGGCACCGAGAUCUUGGCGCCGCUACGAGCCAUUUACCGCAGCCCCUGCCGGGACGGGCACCCGCACCAGACUUCGGUGCCGCACCCUGCAUGCAGGACGUUUUCUGCAUCACCUCCCAGGUCCAGUCCCUCUGUUUCGACGGGUUCCAAGAGCUCUCCGAUGUGGCCAUGGACUGCGCCACGGACUGCGACUUUGACGACAGCUCGGAUGUGCCAGAAUGGGCACCGGAGGAGUCUCCCCUACUAAGGCUGGUGUCUCUGCAGAAUGCUGAUGGCUCGUGGGACCUGGACCCCCGGCUGGCCGCCUCGCUGGGGGUGAGCGAGACCGAUGCCAGGGGGAGGAUGCCCAGUAAGGGCCCCAGCUGAGCGAAUGCCUGGAAGCCGCCAACGCCCUGCUGGGCUGCAGGGUUGGCCCUGCUAUCUUCAGACUCUGAGCCCCUCCGGAUUCCUCUACCCUCCCCCCCUCGCAAGCUACCCUGGGCCUCCAACCCAGCUGAGUCCCCCCCCCCAUCCCCGUACUCCUCCCCCAGCUACCCUAGGCCUCCAACCCAACUGAGCCCACCCGAUCCCCAUACCCCCCGCCUCCCAAGCUAUCCUGGGUCUCAAGCCGCACUGAGCCCCCCACACACACACACACACAAACACCAAGGAUCCUAAAUUAAGAGCAACCAGUUGGUUUGCAUAAGUUUAACGAAAACAGUUUAAAUUGACCCUGUAACUUACAGCGGAGGAAGGUCGUUGUGCAGACAGGCCCUUGGUGCUGUGGGCGGAGACUGUCUCUGCCAGCCCCUCGCUGGAAUAAAGCAGUUCCCCAAAUUUGUCUGCCUGGCUUUGGCUGGGGUCCCGGGCUCCGAGCUCCCCACAACUGCCCAGGGCACUGGGUUCCCAGUAGGGUCAGGGACCGCCGGCCCUGAGCGGGUGGAUUAGCGCUCCCAGCUCCAGCUUUCUGGUGGGGCAGAGCAGCAGGACCCAGACGCUGGGGUGGCUGGCGGGGGCCGGGAGGAGCCCCGGAGAGCGGGGAGCACGUGGGAUGCAGGUGGCAGACACAGGGCAUUCGUCCAGGGCAGUGUUUAGCAGGACGUUUUAGCUCUGGGCCUGUGCGGACCCCUGACACCCCCUCACUGGUCUCUGCUCCACCAGGAGGAGGAGCUGCUAGGCCUGGAAAAUCUGUCCCUGCUCGGCCGCUGUUGGGACAUGUGAUUGCCAUUCAGAUACUGGGGAACCGGGCGUCCAGCCUCCCGGCAGCUCGGGAACCCCCAGUCCUGCCUGGAGCGAGGACACAGAGGCAUUGUAAUGGGACAGGGAAGCAGCAAAGGCUCUCCCCCUGCCCACACAGCCCCCCAGCGCUUUGCCUGGCUGCUUCCGCCUGUGCUCUGACGCCAGCGGCCUUGUGGGCUCUAGCAGCCGAGUCUCCUGUGCUGAGCCCCAGCGGCUGCGGGGCCAGGCCCUGAUGCUGCCAGCCCAGGGCAUUGAAAUUGGAAGGAACAAUUCUAGAGAGAAAAGACUGGGGAAGAUUUUCCUGGCACAGAUGGCAGCCAGGUGCCCAGCUCCCCUGGACAGUCUAGAGAGACGGGGGUUGUUAUCCUGAUGUGUAACAACGAUAAACCCAGGGGAGCUGGUGCUCAGCCUGGGCCUAGGGGUGGGCCAAACCCCCACCUCUGAGCCCAGGAGCUGGGUGGGCAAAAUCCAGGCUCUUUAUAGGUCGCCAGGCAGAAAGCUCCGUGAAGGUGAAGUUCAAGGUUCGGGGUGGUGCCUGUCCCUGCGGGGUAAGAAAUAUCCCAUGACUGGUGCCAGGAUCCCCACAGCACGUGUAGCAAAUCCCAGAGACUCCCCAUCCCCAUGACACUGAAAAGAAAUGCAAACCCAUUCAGCCAGGAAACGCAGAGCAUGGUCCCCAAAUGCCCUAACUCUGCCUGGGGCCGGCACAGAAUCUUACGAUUCAGACAGAGGUGCCCCACUUCCACUUCCAGCUCUGACGUCCCAUGUUCAGGCUCCCCUGGCAUUACCCAAACCCCACUCAGCUGCUGCCGAGCCCUGUGAGCUCCCUGUCAGGGUGCCUACAGCACCUCCAUUUCUGCCUCAGGACCUGCGCCUCCGGCGGGUGCCCAGGCUCUGGGCCCCGGGGGAGGCUCCAAGCCGCUGUCGUGAUGCCGGAUCCAGUGGCUGUGCUCUGAUCUCCGGCUGUCUCCUUAUGGCUUGUACCCCAGGGGUUCGAGCACUCGCCCUGGUUCAGCUCCCCACCCUGCCAGCUGGAGAGAGAGACUGGGAAUAUGGGCCUCUCACCUGGCUGCAGCGCCCGAACCCAGAGCUCCGGGCUAACCCGGGGAGGCUCCAGACAGAGCUGUUUCACCCUGGAUCAUAACUCACUAGUCAGGGGACGGGUUCCUGCUCUCCCGUCCCCGGGGAACUCUGAGGCACCAGGCUCCAGUGUCACUCGCUCGCUCUCUGGCCGAAUGGCUCCUCUUAGCCAUUCCCUAUGGCAGCUUCCGGGGCAACACCCGCAGCUCCCCACUCUGGAUUUGCCAGCUCAGACUCCCUCCUCCCAGGCAGGCAGUAACCACAGACUCCACUCCAUAGUCCCAAACAUGCCUCCCUUGGCCCUGUGAGUGACUGCAGAACAUGUCCCUGCAGCCCCUGUCUGCUCGCAGCUCCUGGGCUUUCCACGGGCCCCUGCUGUUCCCGGCCAGCUGAGCUGUGAGAGUGGGAAGUUGCCCCGAGUGUGACCGCCACUUCCUGAGUUUGCAGAGAGCCUGAGCCCAUUGCUUCAAGAGGCGGGUCAUGAGUCCCAAAGGGAUGGUGAGUCUUA